AUGGAUUCCCCUGCGAAUCAGUCGUUUCAGUCGCUUCCAGCUCCGCAGAGGCGGUCGAACAGACAACAGAGAAAAGCAUGUGAUCUAUGUCGCCGGCGUAAGGUACGAUGCGAUAUAGUCGAUAGACCCGGUGGCCCAUGCUCCGUCUGUGAAAGGUCCGAGAUAGAAUGUCGGUCUACCACUCAAUGGGCUAAACCGAACCGUCGAACACUGCACMCCCGCCGUGCUCGAUUGCAGCCCCGAGACGGUCGGCCACCUGCUUCUACCGAGAGUAUAGGAUUGUCUAAUCCUGCUCAGCUUGAGUGGAUCCCUGCGGGUGGUAGCCCUGACCAGAAUAUUGUAGAUUAUGAUAGCCCCGAGGGCCUGCAAAGAAAUAAUAGGGCUGCGUUUACAUUGAGUACAGCAACGGCUUCGUCUCGUCGAUCGCCUCCACUCACUCGCGCACCCAUAUACACUUCGGCAGGCGAAAGAGAAGAUUUUGCCCGAAGCGGAUUGGCUCGCUUUUUCAAGCAUGGAAUCAGUGCAGGCGCAUGGGGUGUUUUCGAUUCGCUGAAUAGCUUUCGUAUUGCGUACGUUGGCACAGCCGUAUCCAAUCUAGUUCAUCUAGUCCGGCUUCAUCGCGCAUCUAUGCAUGUAUCAGGCUCUCGAUCCACGGGUCAGAUCGGCCCGGAACAAUCACCUCCAUUCUCGACCUCACCAACCAAUCUGAAUGGUAUCGCGUUAGAUGCCAAUGCAUGCAACGAUCUGGAUUGGAGAAAAACUGUAGUUCACUACCCCUAUCCUCCAAUCCGUCCAAAUAAUGGCUGGAAACCUGGACCAGAGGCAUGGAGUGGUAUGUUAGCACACGACCUCGCGGCGGAGGUAUCGUCUUUCCCGGCCCUAGAAAUCCGUGAUGCUUUAGUGGAUGCAUACUUUGAGCACAUUCAUCCAUUCCAUCCAGUAAUCUCUAUGCCUGAGUUUAUGGCAGCGUAUAAGUCGAAAAACAACCCGCCACCACUAUUGCUAUUCCAGGCGGUACUAACAGCUGGAGCUCACGCCUGCUCGCAUCCUCUAGUCGCCAGCGCGCGACAUGCCGUGAAAAACACUCUCUAUCGCCGAGCAAGCAUGUUAUUUCACAUACGUCAUGAGACGGAUCGGGUCUUUCUAAUGCAGGCUGCAAUCCUUUUUACGCGACACAUAGGGGAUGGCGACACGGUUACCGCCGGGCCCUGGUAUUGGAGCGGUAUUGCCGUCCGCAUCGGAUGCGGCCUUGGGAUGCAUCGACAAAGCGCUAUCUUACCUCCAAUGGAAACUUCGCAGUAUCGACGUUGCUGGUGGACAGCAUUUAUCUGUGAAGUGUUCUCUUCGCUAGAAACCGGACGACCAUGCGCAGUUCGUGCUGAGGAUAUAGAUCAGCUACCCCUAUCUGCCGAAGACAUGACAGAUACCGCUUCUUCGAGCAGCAACUUGGGCCUACAUUCCAAUUUUCUCAUGCAGAUGGUCGACCUCGCGCAUAUCGGGUUAGAUAUAUUAACCUUGAACGAGCCUGGUCAGCGGCGCGUAAUCGAUGUGCACGCAAUCAACGCCCGCUUGUGCCAAUGGUCUCUUCAAUCCGGUAUACCCUCCUCGUCCGAUGAGGAAAACCCAUGGGAUUACCAACUACAUAUGCACUAUAAUCUCAUGUUGCUACACCUCCACCGGAAUUUUGAGACAGGGCUCAAAAGCCAGGAUGUAUGCUCCGUAGCCGCUAACGCCAUCAUCAGAACACUCGAAAAACUCGUAGCCCUAGACUGUCUUUGCCAGUGCCACUUCACGGCGGUCAGCGCUGUCACGGCGGCUGGAAUUCAACUCGCCAAUGAUAUUCGCUUAGCAGUAACUAUGGGUUCUUUCCUGGUGGCCCUGAACGGUCUCGAAAAUUUGAACAGACUGCUUCGAUCUGCUAUGCUAUUGGCUAAAUACUGGCCCAAUGCAGAAGCAGUUCAUAGUUUAUUUCAGGAGAUAUAUCACGAAUAUAAGUCCUACGUAACCAAGGGUCUACAGGGUGAACAAGUCAUGUUUUCUGAGAACCAGCCAGACUGGUAUCGCUUGUUGGCGGGAGCGCAAUCGGCACAGUCCAAUAACUCUGUUCCACCGGAUUGGAUGAAUAUUGUCAAUGAGUCGUACCCAUUAUAG